AUGGUUAUAACCAGAGAUGAGAAAACAUGUGAGCUAAAACUCAGUCAAUAUUCAUACGUUAAGAAACUAGUAACCAAGUUUGGAAUGGCUAAUUCCAAACUGGUUUCUAUGCCUCUAGGCAACUAUUUUGUGCUGAGUAAAACCCAAUGCCCCAAAACUAAAGCUGAAUUAAUAAGAAUGGAAUCUGUCCCAUAUCUUAAUGUAGUUGGAUCUGUAAUGUAUGAUAUGAUAAGCAAUAGGCUAGAUUUAUCAUAUGCCAUUUCUAUGCAGAGCCGAUUUAUGGCUAACCCUGGUAGUGAGCAUUGGGCUACUUUAAAGUGGGUUUUAAGGUUUAUUAACAGCUCACUUGAUGUUGGGUUAGAAUUUUGUAAAAGACAUGAUUCACUUGAUAUGGUUGGUUUUGUAGAUUCAGAUUUUGCAAGUGAUAAAGACUUAAGGAAAUCAACUACAUCCUAUUAUUUCACCCUCGGUGGAAAUUGCAUAAGCUGGAAGUCUCAGCUACAGCCAGUGAUAACCCUUUCAUCGACUGAAGCAGAGUGCAUUGCCAUUGUCGAUGUGUUCAAAGAGACCAUGUGGUUGUAA